GGACUCCAGGGACCGCCUCUGCCUCGACGAAGGAGAAUGCCUCGACGUUCAAGAGCAAAGGCGAGGUUGCGCGCAGCGGCCCACGCUCCGCAAGGCUGCAAGUCCGAACCAUUUCAGAAAACCGAUGAAUGUGUCCUUUCGGAAACAGAGCCAGCGGAUGUAUCCAGCCCACAGAAGCCAAUAGAGAACCAAUUAACACCCCCAGGAGAACGCCAGACCCCUGACAUUUUCACAGAGCCUCCUGAAAUAGAACCAGUGGUCAAAGAGCCUGUAAUCCCAUUAAUGAACUAUUCAGGAUAUCUAAGGAGCGAAGCAUCUGGUCACCCUAACACAGCCUCUGAACCACCUCAAAGCCAUGAAAUUGAAGUGGACGAUGGGAGGACUUCACCCGAAGCAGACAACUUUGGUGAUAAGCCUGAGGAGAAACUCAAGGAAGACCUGUGUCCAGACACUCUGGAUCACGAGGAUCCUGAGACCACCUGGAAAACUAGUGCAGACGACAUUGGCAACAAGGACUUGGAGCAAGCAAAGAGAAUUGCAGCAGUGCCUCCCAUGCCUCAGACUGUCCACGUGGUCUUUCGUGUCCACUACAUCACUCAUUCAGAAGCCCAGCUGAUUGCAAUCACAGGUGACCAUGAGUGUCUAGGCCAGUGGCGCCAUUAUGUACCCCUCAGGUAUGACAAAGAUGGCUUCUGGUCAGACUCUGUGGUCCUACCGUUUGAUACCAGAGUUGAGUGGAAGUUUGUAUUAGUGGAGAACGGCAAGGUCGUGCGAUGGGAAGAGUGCACCAACCGAUUGCUAAUAACGGAACAUGAAGAUCAGGUGGCUCAUAAGUGGUGGGGGUAUCAUUGAACAGGGACUCCAGUUUUAUUCCAUUCAUUCGUAGUUUAUUUCUCUGUCUUUACCUAAGUGUCUUGGCGCACUUUUUUGCUGCGUGUUUUGCUAGAACUGCCUCAUAGCCAGCCUAUCUUCUGCUAGCCUAGGCUUUAAAAAAGGAACAUGCUCUUCAAAUAAAAUCCGACCAAAAUCUCCCUAAUAGCAGGCAAGUUAGGCUCUCUAGUGGGCAGUGUUUCAAAAUAAAAAGUUUUCAAUGCUCAGUUUGACAUUGUAUUGUGUGAAGAGACAAGUGUAUGAAUCAUGAGUGCUGGACUUAGGAAAGGAGUAGUUCAACUACUCUGUAACUGUAUUAAAAUGUUCUUGGUUUAUUAUGACUGCAUCAGAAAGCAAUAAAGAUGGACUUUUACAAUGA